AAUCUAUUUAAAAUCUGUUAUUUAUGAACGUGAAGAAUAUGUCCCGUAAUCCUUUUGUGUAUUUUAUAUCAAUCGAGCCAAUCGACGCAAAAUACACUUAUUCUUACAGAAAAAUAAGUAGCAAAAUUGAAGUCAAGUUCAAGAUACUUGUGAUCGCUGCGAUUCAAAGAUGGCGCGCGCGAGCGCAUGAUGCUCGAUCACGGGCGCGUGGUGGCGCCAGCGGCGCAGGUAUAAGAACCGCGUCCAUGAAGCGGCAUACUUCAGUAGUGUGGGUGAUCGUAGUGGGAGUAGGGUGGCUCCGCGCGCGGUCGCACCGCGAAACCCUGCUCCUCGGCCACGGAACGUCCACUCGUUUUCACAUCUCGUGCGAAAACAUGGCGGCCAGCGACGAUGAGCCGAUGCAUCUCUACGAGGUCUUUCAGAACUGCUUCAACAAGAUCGCCAACAAGCAGCCUGAAAAGCCAGGCUUUCAGACACCGUAUGGUUCCACGUUAGACAACGGAAUGGCGUAUGUCAGUGGUGCAUUCGGUCCUACGGCGGGUGGACCGGGCGGGGGGCCGGGUGGGGGUGGCGGGGGCGGUGGCGGGGGCGGUGGUGGCGUCGAGGGUGCCACAUACUCCCCCGACUCGCCGUAUUUUCCGUUCGCGCCCACCAGGGGUGUACCGGUCACUGUGAGUACUCCCACCCCCGUAGUGAAUCCAGCGACCCCCGUUGGUACCAAUGGCGCACGGUUACCUAAUCCUACUGGCGGUGCCGCAACUGUGAAGAGGAAGAAGGAUAAUCUCGACGGAACGGAAGGAGAAGUAGUGGCGACGCAACAUUGGUGAGACUCGAGCCUGCUAGCAGUGUCGCAUGGGUCGUUCCAUGUGUCGUAUUAUUAUCUCUUGUGUGAGUAUCAAAGGACUUUCAAUGCGAUUUCUACCAAUACUUAGCGCGUAUCAUUUUACUUCCGCAAUUAAUAAUUCGCAUAAAGAAAUAACGGUUACUCAUUGAAGCUAGCGCUCCUAGUAUUAUUUGUCUCCUUACAGCGGUGGAUGAAACGAUAGAAGGUAGAAAUUAUUGAAUAAUUUACUUACGGGCAGUAUAAUUAUUUCCUCAUCGCUGCUCGAAUUCGAAUUUAUUUCACAUCGCGGUUUAAAUUUUUUAAUGACCUAAAUUCGUUUACUAUUUUUAGAUUGAGACCCACCGAAGUAAUAUGUGGAUUUCACUAAGCGUGUUGUAUCGUGCGAUGUCGGAGUGAAAUUACCGAAAUUAUUUUUGAAUUAUUUUUGAAUUUAAUUACAAAAUAUAUAACGCGUAUA